AUGGGUAAAAUAUCAUUAGGAAAGUACUUGUUUGAGAGAAUCCACCAGCAAAACGUCGGCACCAUCUUCGGAGUUCCUGGAGACUACAAUUUGAAUUUGCUAGACAAAGUCUACGAAGUGGACGGUUUGGAAUGGAGGGGCAAUUGUAAUGAACUCAAUGCUGCGUACGCCGUCGAUGGGUACUCCAGAGUCAAGGGGUUUGGUGCCUUUGUCACUACCUUCGGUGUGGGGGAAUUGUCUGCCAUUAACGGAACCGCUGGUCUGUUUUCAGAGCAUGUUGCUCUGAUCCACGUUGUUGGUAUUCCUGCAGUUUCCUCUCAGAAGAACCAUUUACUCUUGCACCAUACCUUGGGUAAUGGGGACUUUACUGUUUUCCACAAGAUGGCCUCAAUGGUUACGCACAAGUCUUCCGUUAUCACUGAAGGUUCAACUGCUGUCGCUGAAAUCGAUCUUUUAAUCCGUGAAGCCAUCAUUCACCUGAAGCCUGUCUAUUUGGCUUACCCUGCCAAUUUGGUGGAAUACGAGGUGGACGAAUCGUUAUUGGACACCCCAUUGGACCUCUCAUUGCCACCGAACAACGCUGACGCUGAAGAAGAGGUGUUGAAUGGAGUGAUUGACUUGAUUUCCAAGGCUAAAAAGCCAGUGAUUUUGAUCGACAGUUGCUGCGCAAGACACAACUGUACUCCUGAAGCCAGACAAUUGAUUGAAUUGACCAAGUUUGGGUUUGCUGUGACUCCAAUGGCCAAAGGUGCUAAGGAUAUCUUUGAAGACCACGAGGGAUAUGCUGGUGUGUAUGUAGGAGACUUGUCUUACCCUGAUGUCAAGGAAUACGUUGAAUCUGCAGAUCUUAUCUUGUCGUUGGGUGCAAUCUUGAGUGAUUUCAACACAGGAUCUUUCUCCUAUUCUUAUGCAACCAAGAACGUUGUUGAAUUCCAUCUGGAUUACACUAAGAUAAAGGCCGCUAGAUACCCUGAAGUUCAAAUGAAGCCUACCUUGCAAAAGUUAUUAGCCUCCAGUGCUUUGAAGGAAGCUCUUACCAACUUUACGCCAGUUCCAGUCAAGAGAGUUCCUUUACCAUUGGAAACUUUGGGUCCUGAUGCAGACUUGACUCAACAAUGGUUUUGGACUAAACUUUCCUCUUUCUUACAAGAAGGCGAUGUAGUUAUCUCAGAGACAGGUACCUCCUCCUUUGGUAUCAUUCAAACGGAUUUCCCAAAAGACGUUUUAGGUAUCAGUCAGGUGCUUUGGGGUUCUAUUGGUUAUUCUGUAGGUGCUGCCUUUGGAGCAGUUGUGGCAGCUGAGGAAAUAGACCCAAACAAAAGAGUACUCUUGUUCGUAGGUGAUGGUUCAUUGCAGUUAACUGUACAAGAGAUUUCGGCCAUGGCACGUAAUCACAAGAACCCAUACUUGUUUGUUUUAAAUAAUGACGGAUACACUAUCGAAAGAUUAAUCCAUGGUGAAACUGCCACUUACAAUGACAUUCAACCAUGGGACCAUCAAAAGCUUUUAGACACUUUCAAGGCCGACAAUGCUGAGACUCUCAGGGUUUCUAAGGUAAAGGAAGCUGCUGAUCUCUUCAAGGAUGAAAAAUUUGCCAAAAAUGAUAAGAUCAGACUCAUUGAAGUUAUGUUGGGUAAAAUGGAUGCUCCAGUAAACUUGGUCAAGCAAGCUGAAAGAAGUGCCAAUACAAAUGCAGAAAAUUAG